AUGGAUGCUACUCUGGCACCGGCCGUCUUUACUCCAGGCUCGCUGUAUAUCGCCGGCUUCACACAAGCACGAGCCCCGCAUCUAGCCCUCAUCAUCCCGAAGGACAAUAAGUUCGGGGACCUCGUGCACAUCCGCAUCGAUCGAGCCAUCUCGGAUAACUGGAAAUUCCAGCACAGGAUACAGAAGAUAUCUGGAGACAUGUUUUUGUCCUCCCUCCUCAGGAUCCAUGACAUCUCCGCGGGCCCGCUGACCGUCGAGCAGCUGCGGGACGCUGCAUCCACAGUUGUCGUCCCAGACCACGGCGAAUUCGGAGCGUGCAGUGCUUGGGUCUUGCAGGUUGUCGACGAGCUGCACAAGAGGGGCUUUGUGCAGCUGUCUGAUACGGCAGGACUAGCAGCAGAGAUCGAUGCGUUUGCGACGGGAAGCAAAGCCUAUGCCCGUCGAGACCGUUUCCCUAAUGUAGCCGCGUCCCAGUACUGCUCCUGA